AUGGCGUAUCCAAAUGCUUUCGCAGCUCAUCCUUUCCAACAGCAGCCCUUGCCACCCGGAUGGGAAGCAAAAUACGAGCCAACGUACAAAAGAUAUUACUUCAUCAACCAUGUCACAAAAGAGACAUCAUGGAUUGAUCCAAGAACUAGAGUUCAGCAGCAACCAGCAGCUACUCAACAAGCAUUUCAUCAAGCAGGCCCUUCACAUUUACAACCAUCACCGCAGCCUCAAAGACAGCAUCAGCCACAAGUACAAUAUGGGCAACCAUCGCCACAACCCCCUAGACAACAACAGCAGUUUCAGCAACCUGCACAGCCAACAUCACAGCCUGCUAGACAUCAACAGCAGGAAAGUAUUGCUAUGCAGAACUUGGGACAACAUAGAUCUCAGGAAUCACAGCAGCAAGCCACAUCAUUCUCUGAGGGUGCAGCUAGUGGUAAAACAGCUGCAGAGAAGCAAGCUGGUGAGACACUCUGUUGGAAGCUGCAUGUUCCAGACACUCUGUUGGAAGCUGCACUGCAAGCAGUUGACUAUAAUGAAAACCUUAGUAGAGAAUUACUACGAAGCAUGGGAUACAAAACAAUCCUUGAAGAGCAAAGCAGCUCAUCGUCAGGUAGAGCGGGUGAAUCUUCAGGGACAACUAAUGCUGGGCCAGAGGAUUCCAGUUCCACUCCGCGUUAUGUUGAAAUGCAGAAUACAGAUUUCGGUGCCAUGUACAGUACGGCAGCAACCACUGAGGAGGAGGAGGAUAUAACAGAGGACAAUGUUGUUGAUGAAAACGUGCUUGAUGACACUCAAGAUUUGGAGGAGCUCAACGACGCAUCAUCUAGCGAAGUAUCCCGACCGACAACGGCUGUGACUGUUUCAAGAGAUGAUGUCCACAUCUCUGUGGAUUCCCCCUUGGGUGGUUUGUUAACUGAGGACGCUGAAGCAAAUUUUAAUCUGGAUACAAACACAAGUGCUAUAACUUCAUCAAGCAGGAGUGCUGCUCUAGAAAAUUUGCUCAGUACUAAAAAUGACCAACCAGCUCUCAAGCAGAACACAAGCAUGUCAACUUCAGUUGCGCAGACAUCAGCGGAAAGUUACGCAAAAGGCAGUUUAGUGCUAGCCAGUGGGCGUAACAAGCUUCUUGUCAAGGGUCCUGAUACCAAGCUCCGCAAGAAAAAUGAAGUGACCUUAAAUGGUCCAGACUCCAGACUUGCUCGCGGUCAUGAUAAAGAUCUGCUUUCGCAUAGCAGAGUGAACCGCAUUUCUAGCCGUGUGGCGGCACAAGGGCCCAACCCAAGCCUGUGCAGAGGUCAAGACAGAGGUCUUGCUCUUGGGCCAGUUGCCAAGGUUACAGCAGUCUAAGGGUUUUAUGCUUUGGAACACAAUGCCAGUAAUAUGCGAAUCCUUAUUCGCUUAACAGUGCACAAUUUUAUGUACAUACUUGCUUAUAAUCUUAACAUUUCACUAACAUUAUUAUACACAUCAAGGACGGUAAAUUCACUAACCACAUAUUGCAAAAUAAACAUUAAAAGUUGAUGGAUGAAGCUAUAUAUGAAUUUAAAACUAAGAAUGUACAUUAUCUUCAUAAGGUUCCUUUAUCUACAUUUUAUCAUUUUGUUUCGUGCUUAAGUAUAGAGUGAUAAUAAAAAACAUAUACAAUGUUG